AGUGAAUGAAUCCGCGGAUUUGUUUACUAACUUGUACACAUUACUACCGUUAAUUAAUUUGUUUUGGUUUUUUUCUUUUAUUCUUAAUUGUUGUCGAGCGCGCCGCGUUAGUCCGCACGAUUUCGCAUAAAGCGCGACAGACCCGCCCCCUUCAGCAGGCUCCUCCCUCCAGUCGCCCCUCUGGCCGGCGUAAUGGCGAUCUGCGCUUUGAGACUGCGAGUAGCGGCGGCGUGCGGGCUCGGCAGCGGCUCUCGUCGUGGGCUAAUGGCCGCAGCCGGGCGCACCUUCUGCCCUCUUGCCGCGCCGCUGAGCCGCAGAAUGUCCUCGACACCCAGAACAACACCUAGACAGCUGCAGCAGGUGGGACAACUGGAGACCCCCAAGAAAGAGAGCUAUGCUGCUGGCCAGCUCUUUCUCCACAGAGUGUUUGGGUAUCGAGGGGUGGUGCUCUUUUCCUGGCUCACCUGCCUUUACGAUCGCAACUGCACCGGCAGAAGACACCCCAGCUCAGACAAGCGAGCUCCAGGUGGCUCCGAAGAGAUGCAGAACCAGAAACUGAUGUGCUACCAAGUGCUGGUGGACUCGCGGGACUGUCCACACAUUCGGGCCCAUGUGGAGGCGGUGGCCUUCCUGGCUAACGAUGACGACAGCCCGGCUCUGUACGCCAUCCCAGGUCUGGACUAUGCAAACCACGAUGACAUCCUGCCCUACAGCUCCAACGACUCCAGACCGAUACACCACGAGCUCUUUGACCACUUCUUCACGGCGACCUCCGAGAAUGUGUCAUCUUCAGGAACGCUCCGGCAUACCAGUGAGCCCCUGCAGACCUGGCAAAGCAAACAGCAGCCCUGGCUAAAGCUGAGCAGCAUCCACCGCGAGACCACCGAGGGAAUCCGUGUCAGCGCCAUGCCCUUUUAUAUGGGUAUGCGGGAGACUCGCAGCACACGGGUCUACUGGUGGCGCUAUUUCAUUCGCUUAGAGAACCUGACGGAGUCCCCUGUGCAGCUGCGGGAACGUCACUGGAGGAUUUUCAGCCUCUCUGGGACCCUGGAGACCGUGCGGGGGAGAGGCGUCAUCGGGAGGGAGCCCGUGUUAUCCCGGGAGCAGCCGGCUUUCCAGUACAGCAGCCACGUCUCUCUGCAGUCCCCUAGUGGACACAUGUGGGGCACAUUCCUAAUGGAGCGAGGGGACGGAGAUUCCUUUGACUGCCGCAUCCCACCCUUCGCGUUAGAGAGUCGGACUGAAGACCAGCCUGAGUGCGGCCGCACAAAAUGAACGCUAACCACGUGGGAGAGAGAUUCAAGUUGGCGGCUAAUAAUAAAAAAAUAAUGUGGCGUUUAAAACGAGUACAAAAGUAAUGGGACAGCCAGGGAUGGAGGAGAUCAAAGUGAAAAAACAAUUGAGCUGUACGUCGUUAUUGUCCUCUACUGGUCUGAUGGUGCCACCUUGCGGCCAAACUGUGCAACAGCGUUUAAAAAAUGCCAUCCGUAUUUCUUGUGGAAGCGAGAUCUAU